AUGCCCGCCGACGACAGGACCGGAAAGCAGGCUGCCGCACAGCAGGCUGUCGAUAUCCUCCACGAGAUCUCUGUCAUUCUCAACUGCCAUCUGGACCGCCGCACGCUCUCAAUCUGCAUCUCCAUGAUUGAGAAUGGUGUCAACCCCGAGGCUCUGGCAACUGUCGUCAAGGAGUUGAGGAAGGAGGCCCAAGAGGUGGAUGCGCAGAUUGCUUCCCGUCGUCGAUGA